CACUUUCAGGACAAAGAAGAGAGGAGAAGCGUGCGAAAGGAAAGGCGAAGACAAUGGCAAAACAAUCAGUGGCGAGUCACUUGGAGCCAUGGCGAAACUUGGAGGGCAAGGUGGUGAUGGUCACCGGAGCCUCGUCAGGCCUCGGCCGUGACUUUUGUCUUAACCUUGCUAGAGCUGGUUGCCAGAUUGUGGCUGCUGCCCGCCGAGUGGACCGCGUCAGGUCUCUUUGCGACCAGAUCAACCACCUCUCUUCUUCUUCGUCUUCUUCGCCGACUGUGCGAGCCGUCGCUAUCGAGCUCGACAUCACCGCUGAUGGUCCUGACAUCGAGGCCUCCGUUCAGAAGGCUUGGGAGGCGUUUGGUCGUAUCGAUGUCUUGGUUAAUAAUGCCGGUGUUAGGGGCACUGUGAAGUCUCCAGUGGAUAUAUCUGAGGAAGAAUGGAAUGGUACUGUCAAAACAAACUUAACAGGAUCAUGGAUGGUAUCAAAGUAUGUGUGCUUAAGAAUGCGUGAUAUGAGUCAAGGGGGAUCCAUCAUCAACAUUUCUUCUAUUUCUGGCCUUAAUCGGGGGCAUUUGCCUGGAUCUGUUGCCUAUGAUUCUUCAAAGGCAGGCUUAAUUACCAUGACAAAGGUAAUGGCGUUGGAAUUAGGGAAGCACAAAAUUAGAGUGAAUUCAAUAGCCCCUGGAUUGUUUAAAUCUGAGAUAACAGAGGGUCUUAUAAAGAAAGAUUGGAUAAACAAGGUGGCUAUGAGAACCGUGCCCUUGAUGACAUUUGGGUCAGCAGACCCUGCAUUGACAUCACUGGUUCGGUAUUUGAUCCAUCACUCUUCAGAAUAUGUGUCCGGAAAUGUUUUUAUUGUCGAUGCAGGUGCCACCCUCCCUGGUGUACCCCUAUUUUCUUCCCUCUAAUAUUCCUAGCUGUGUUGUGUUUUUCUAGUUGAGCAUUGUGAGUUGAAACAUGAGAAUCUAUUUAUAUGCUAUAGGCUUUUGCAAUUGUUAGAACUUCAAGAGAUAAUUGAGGCAUGUAUGAUGCAGAUGGAUGGGCUCUGUUGUGCUUCCAAUGUCUAUCUAUUUGAGUUCUACGUGAAACAAUUUAAAAAUAAAAAAACAAAGUUGUUCCCAUGA